AUGAAGCAAGGCUGUUCGCCAUCUACCCAAGAGGAUCAGAAAAAAGUGAGAAGUUCACAAGGAAUUUCAGAUGAGAGGAUGACACAUCAUAAUGAGACAAAUGCUACCGCAUCGAAUGAAAUUUUAGAGAAUCUAUCAAUGAGCAAUAACGCUCAAGAAUCUUCAUCGAAUGCAGAAACCGCUUCAAAUCCUUCUCUUCCCGUAGAAUCUUCGACCACAAUGCCAGAGAUAAAUCAAUUAUUGCCUGAACAAGGUGACGAGCCGGAGAAUAUUGACAACAUUGGCUGUGUUCUGAAACUUUACAGUGGCGAUGAGUUUGUUAUUCGCGGAGUUUUUGGAAAAGGCCUUGCCAGUACCGUGUACAGCGUUGAACAUCAAAGCCGUUUCAAAUACGCGGCAAAAUUGUUUGUUGAGAGAGAUCCAGCAAUCCCUACGUUUCACGAACUGGUGGCUCUCCACCAAAUUGCCAUCGUCCCACACGUAAAUUUACUGUUAUUGCAUUUGGCUGGAGUGUUGAUUAAUCCACUCCCGGGUUUCUCAGGAGAAGUCUUCAUCACUGAAGAAUGUGGACCGUCUAUCAGGGACAUUAUGAAAAGCGCCAGGCUAGCAACCAAUGAGACACAUUAUCCUUCUUUCUGUUUGGAAAACGUUAGACAAAUUGGUUGUCAAAUUGGACGGGCAAUGGCUCAUUUGGAAAGACUGAAAAUCUACUAUCUUGAUCUCAAGACGGAUCAUGUCGUUUUUCUCAAACCAAACAACCGCUAUAGACUCCAAAGGAACCGAAUCCAGUCAACAAUUUAUAUGGAAGACAUCAGGGUCAAAGUUAUUGAUUUUGGAUGUUCGAAGAGCCAUGAGGAGCCUGGAGAGGAGAAAGAAUAUAGAUUAGUCCAGCCUACUCCCUUGCGGUCCCCAGAAGUAUUUAUGGGACUUCCAUAUAACGAAACAUCCGACGUCUGGUCGAUGGGAUGUCUUCUCGGCCAGAUGUUCACUGGAUAUUACAUCUUCUAUCCCACAAGUGGCACAACUGAACAAGAAAAAAUUCAGAGCCAGUUUGAGUGCACUUUCAACAGAUUGAGUGAACUCUUACCAAUGAAAAUGAUUCAGGAGUCUCAACGAGGAGGACACUGCACGCUCAACUACAACUUCUACACUCAGCGCAGAGCAUUUAAUAGGGAUCACUUGCUCAAUAUCAUUCGCAAGGACGCGGACAGGCCAGUCUACGAACUGCUGGAGUUUAUGCUCCGUUGGGAUCCUUCCAGAAGGCCAUCAUUUGACUACGUCCUUUAUCACAAGUUCUUCAGAAACAUCUAA